UAAAAUUCAGAACGAGAAUAACCGCUCCCAAUUAUUCAUGUUAAAGAAAUGAAAAUCUGUUUGUAACCAUGGUGAUGUGCAAAAGUUUUGGACAACCUUGGUGUGUAUCCUCAGAUCUCCAAGGGAGGCACGGUAGCUUUUCUUUUUAACAGUCUGACUGGGAAAGAAGAGGCAGUGAAGUUAAAGAAAUUGGCAAAAGAACUCGGGGAUGUGAGGACAGACCUAUCGGUGAGGACAACUAGAACCCCAAAAGAGGCAAUCAUGGUUAUUUUGGAUACAAGUCGUUCUAUGAACGAAGAAUGCUACUCGGACACCAACAUGAGAAAGCUUGAUGCUGUGAAACAGCUGUUUGAUGCUUUUGCAAACAGAAGCAUGGCGUAUGAUUUCCCACAUCUGAUCAGUCUUGUGACUUUUGGGAGAGGAGUCAAAAUCAUGCACAGGUUUACAGAAAACCUGGAGAAGUUCAAGGCACAUGUGCACAGUCUAAAGGCAUCUGGACCAACACCUCUAUAUGAUGCAUUGUCUCAAAGUGUUUCUGAGCUCAACAACAUUAAAACAAAAUUUCCUGAGUGCCGUCUACGUGUCAUAUGUUUAACAGAUGGAAAUGAUGUUGGGUCAGAGACAACCCCUGUGUGUAUUGCACGCAUGUUGAUGAGUGCCAACAUUGUUGUUGACAGCAUCCUGGUCGGACAAGCUGAUAACAACGUACUGCAUGGGAUCAGUAAUGUAACAGGAGGAUGCUGUUUUAAACCAGACACAAGUAAAAUGGCUCUGAAACUCUUCGAAAUGGAAACAGUCCUCUCUCUGGAAAGCAGAAAACUCAAGUAUAAGUUACCACAAUCCAUCACAUCUGUGAAGAAGUUGACAGGAAUCUUUGCCACCCAUGGCUACGAUGUCACACCACAGGUGAAAUUGCCCCCAGGAGUAGAGGAUAAAGUGGUGGUGACUGAAGAUGCUCUGAAGAAAAAGAUUCUGGAAUCCAAAACGACACGCUUCAUGGAGAAGGACCGACGCAUCAUGGAGGAGCUGAAAAGCCUGCACUGCGAUCCCCAUCCCUACUGUUUAGUCUUCCCCUCAGACACGGACUUCACGUUUUGGAAGAUCCUGAUGCAGGGCCCUCCAGACACUCCGUAUGAGAACGGGGUUUUUGAACUCUACUGUCAGUUUGGUGACGCCUAUCCAGUGAAACCACCUCUAGUGCGUUUCAUCACACCUGUGUACCACUGCAACGUGAACAAUGUUGGACGAAUCUGCCACAACAUAUUUGAUCGUAACUACUCUGCUAACAUCACCAUGAGGGAGAUCCUGAAUGCAGUGUACGGCCUCCUCAUAGCCCCAGAGCCUGAUGAUCCUUUAGACAGUGUCUUAGCAGAAGAAUUCAUUACCAGCCCCGACACAUACAAAGAAAAGGCCCAGAAAAACACAGAAGCCAUUGCAAAAGCAACAAUGUAUGACAUGGAAAAGAAAUUGCUGGGAGCAGAUACUCAAAGGGCAUGUGUGCCUCCUUACUUCAUAUGCCCACUGACUAAGAAGAUGUUUGUUGAGCCAGUAAAGACAACACAUGGGCAAAUCUAUGAGCGACGAGCAAUCGAAGAUUACCUGAAGCAAACCAAAACUGAUCCACAAUCUGGUGCCCCUCUUGAUGAAUCAGGCCUGAAGCCAGAUAAAGACCUGAAACGUCUGGUGAAGAAGUAUCGAGCUGAACAACUUAAGGAGACAUGAAAAACCAAUACUGUUGAUGGUCAUUUAAGGGUCAUCCCAAUAAUAAUAACAGAAAAUAAGUGCCUUUAACUUACAUUCACAUUCAACAUGAAUAAUGAAAACCCUAAACUUAGAGCUGACAUUUAUACACAUUUAACACAAAUGAACAAAAAUGUGAUAAUUUAAUCACACAUACAAAUGGUGAUAACUGAACACAUGGAUCAUAAUAACUUGUUUGUCAGCAUUCUUGGGUAGUGUGGUAUGACAUUCAUUGAAUCUGUAACUUUACUUACCGUUUGUCAGUUCUCUUAUGAAAGAAAAAAUGCCUUUAUAUUUUCUUCCACUUUUCCCUUUUUUAAUUACAAUGUGAAGUAGCCUGUAGUGACCUAUAGAAUUACCAGUUUUGCAAUGACCUUUUUGCAUUAUCUUGCAGUUUGCUAUUGCUAUAUAUAAAUCAUCUAUAUAUACUUUAUAUUCUUAAAAGUGUUUUUUCUAAAAGACGCUGCAGGCUAUUGGAGUGACUAGUCAGAGAGUUUGAUAGACUUUAUGCUUUCCCGUGUAGGUUAGAUUCUGAACUUGAAUUCCUUGAAUGGUGGUUUAAGACAUGUAGAUUGCAGAUUGUUAUUUUACAUUAUUGUUUUACCUUUUUGACAACAUUGGGUGGUGGGAAGUAUAAGCUUGUAGCAGACAUAGGGCUAAGAUGUGCCGGUAUUGUUCACUUUUCCACAUAGACCCCUAUGGGACAUAUGGCUGCAGUAUGCCUGUGUUGUUCACUUUUCCACAUAGACCCCUACGGGACAUACAGUAUGGCUGCAAUAAGCCUGUGUUGUUAGCAUUCCCCAAUUCUCUGAAAAUGUUUUAACAAGUUUUUUACACCUUUCCUGUUUUAAAACUUUUGUGAGAACUAAUUGUGAUGACCUUGUUGGGAAGUAGGAAUGCAGUUAAUUGCAGUUGCAGCGAGCUGCUUGCACAAUCUUUACGCAAAUAAAAAUAGCUAAAUUGGAUCAUCAUUAGUCAUCAUAAAUCAUUAGUCACAUAAUAUUUACAGACAUCUUCCAAAAGUAAUUUUCUGCAUGACACUGCAGGCCAGUUCACUGCCCAGCCAAAGAGCUUGCCAAACAUGCUUUUGUAUUCUUAAUCCUGUAGAUUCUGAAUCUUAAUUUGUUAAACGGUGGUUUGGGAUACAAUAUGUAGAAAAGGAUUUGCAUUUAUCUAGCCUAGAAGUUUACUUUUUUUGUAAGCCUGAUUUUCUUUCCACAUUCAUAUUAACCAAUAAAAUAUAAUUAUUUAAUGAAUGCUCAGCCUACUCAAAUGAUAUUAUGUGGUUGGGGACUUAAGAUGUAAUGUUUUGGUUAA